AUGGAAGGACUUAGAGAUAUCCUGAAAGAAUCCGGAGCUGUCUGGCCUAACAUGAAACCCCCCCUCAACCCUCCCACUCCCCUUUCAAUAUCAAACUACCUCGCCUUAAUAAUAAGAAAUAUAAAAGAUAUUGUAGUAUGCUCGCUCUUAGGCAAUAAAAAUGUGAUUUAUAGCAUGCUUAUACACAUAUAUUUAAUACCUUAUUCAUAACUCUAUUAUAUACAGAAUUUUUACCAGUGCUAGAUUAAGCAUAUGUCUAUGAUAGAUAAUAUAAAUUAAAUUGUAUAUUUAUGUCUAUCAAUUUUAAAGAAUAAUUGGGUUGGAUUCAUGCAUUAAAUGAGAUAAUAAAGUUAAAUUCGGAGUAUUUCUCUAUUAACUCUUUAUUAUUAGUCUAAAGACUUUUACUAUAUAAAAAUUUUGUAUAUAGUAGAGAUAUGAAAUAAAGUGUUAAAUAAAUAUAUAAAAUGCUAUAAAUCAAGUUUCAAUAGCGUAGAAGCGAAAAUACUGCAAAAUCUCUCAUAUUUAUUAUUAUCAUCAUGACUAGUUAGUGUGAUAUUGAGGUAGGUAUCAUCCUUGGCCAGCUGUCGUCUGUGAUACUUCAGGUCGAGAAAUGUAACAAGUCAAAUAGAAACGUAGAAGCCAUCGAGCAAAAAUUAACAACCGAACAAAAUGCUAAAAAGGUCAGCAGAGAAUUAAGCUUUCUCGAUAAUGAUGAAAAACAAGAAUGACUUUCCUAUCAUAAGCUAAUAGGAAACCGUCUGUUUAAAAAUAAAAAAUACGAAGAUGCUGUAAAGAUUUAUAUGGAAGCUUUAAUUGCAGCAAAGCUUCUAGGCGACAACAAUUGUGGAGCUGUGCUAUUAUGCAAUUUAUCGUCAUGCAUGCUAUCGUUGAAUAAGCCAGAAAAUGCUGAAAAUUUAGCAACACAAGCGUUACUCUUUAAAGAAAACCAUCAACGGGCAUUAGAAAGAAGAGCCCAAGCUAGAUAUAAAAUGGGAAGAAGUGACCUGGCUGAAGAAGAUUUAAAGCUAGGCCUAAGAUUCGUAGAAGAAGUAGCCCUUAAAAAGAAAAUGAUUGAAUUAUCAAAUCAAAUAGCGCAAGAUAAUAUGAAAGCGAAAGAGCUAUAUAAAAGAAUGAUAAAUAAUGAUAAUGAUGAAGAAAGACCUGAAGGUUUCAGCUUGAUUAAAACUGUCGCACAAAUCUUAUUGAUUCCUUAUACGAUUGCAAGCAAUUUAAAAAAUACAUGCAAAAAGACAUCAUUCUAUUAA